AUGCUUGAGAAGUAUCUGGGCGUCAAGGAUGGUAGUCAAGAUACGAAUGAAGGAUUUAAAACUAUAACAGGUCCAGAGAUUAGUAAAUCGGUUAAGAUAACGGGAGCUCAGGCAGAUCAGAAGAUUUCUCCUCAUGAUAUCGACGCGUUCUGGCUACAGCGUUUGAUAGCCAACUACUAUUCGGAUCCGCAUACUGCAUAA